GGUUUGAACGCAAACACGGAUUGGCUGUCCCUUCUGGUUUGGAAAUUCAUUCAAAUUUUAGUGGUUGUCGAGUCAAUGCCGAGUUUGAAGCAGAACAAACGUCUGGUUGAGAUGCUGGCUGCUUUUAUGAUAUCAAAUUGGAUCGUCGUCGUGUGGAAUAUCAUGACCAUGCUGUCGUAUCAUUGGCAUGGAUUGCCAGGCUGUGGUAUUGAUUGGCUAGAGUGCAUAUGAUUGGCAAUGCAUGCAUGCAACAUGGGUGAAGGACUGCAGCGCAAUAUUUGUCACUAACUGCAUUCUUCGUCGUAUUUUCAGUACGCAAUCAUGGUUAACUAUGGUGUCCUGCUGCUGUAUGUUGUAUCGUUGAUGGCUGGGUCAACCAUUGGUGUACCGAUGUCUCCUGGGUAUGGCGGAUACCAAGCCGCAACGCCGCCGCCUUCCUACACAACAACAACAUACGCAACAACCGGUUACCACACCACCAAGGCUGCAGAAUAUUACACCACAACCUAUGAUGCCCCGAACUACUACAUCGAAGCCCUGAAGUAUAACUCUGCCCCGAGUUGCCUCAACAAAGAGGCUGAGUACUACACCACCAAGGCAACGGAGUACUACACCACCAAGGCACCGGAGUACUACACCACCAAGGCACCGGAGUACUACACCACCAAGGCACCGGAGUACUACACCACCAAGGCACCGGAGUACUACACCACCAAGUAUGCUGUCCCAGCCUUUUACACCGAGGUUUCCAACUAAUACUGUGCCUAUUUACUACACCGAAGCUCCAGCUUAUUAUACCGCCAAAGCGGUAGAGUACUACACCGAAGCGCCCUAAUUUUAUCUGCCCGAGCUACGAAACUUCAUCUGAGGCGGCCCAGUAUUACGUAGCUCCUUCUUACUACACAGUGGAUGGUCCUUAAUACUACGUUGGACCAAAAUACUACUAUGAGUCUCCAUUUACUACACCACAACCUACGCUACUCCUAGCUAUUAAACCGAAGCCGCCAAGUCCUACACCGAAAAAGCCGAAUAUUACCCAAUGACGUAUGCUGCCCAAGUUCACUACACAGAGGAACCCAAGUUUAACUCUGCUCCAACCAACACCAAACAGAGGAUCCGUUUUACUACACCACCAAGGCCCCUGAGUAUCACACUGCAACCUACGCUGGUCCCAGCUAUUACACUGAAGCUCUAAAGUAUUACUCUGCACCGAGUUACAACACCACUAAAGCAUUUGAAUAUUACACCACGACCUACGCUUCUUCAGUUUACUAGAGGGAGGCUCCUAAAUACUAGACGAAAUUUCAGUUUUAUUUAAUUGUGUUCAAAUUUGUCGGUCAUAUCAUAUUAGUCACUGGAAUUGUUGUUGUUCUUAAAUGAGAAAAUAAAUUUUUUAAUGACGGUAA